UUUCGCUUGUUUGUUUCUCCUCACACACCGGCAUAUACUCACAAAGCAGCCUCUCGAUACUUCUGUUGUUCUCCUGUUUGGUUACCCAGAAUCCGGAGGAAAUCCUGUGAGAAAUGAGCGGGACGGUCAAAAAAGUUGCCGAUGUGGCUUUCAAAGCCUCGAAGAACAUUGAUUGGGAGGGUAUGGCUAAACUCCUUGUAACCGAUGAGGCUCGCAAAGAGUUCGCCUCUCUCCGGCGAGCCUUUGAUGAGGUUAACACCCAGCUACAGACUAAGUUUAGCAUGGAACCUGAGCCCAUUGACUGGGAAUAUUACAGAAAGGGAAUUGGCGCUCGUGUGGUGGACAUGUACAAAGAGGCUUAUGACAGUGAGUUCUAUGAUCUCAUUCUUCUAUCAGAAAAGAAAAGAAGUUAUAUGACUCUCGUUCAUGGCUAUAUAACAUUUUAUAUUUUCUUUGUUAUUUUUUGCUGUGUUGUGCUUUAUGACCAAUAUAUUGGAGUUAGUGUCAGAGACCUUACCCAUGGUCCUGACUGGAUUUCGACGAGAGCUAGAGGAGACGAAGGAAGAAACAUAAGCAAGAGAGAGAGAAAGAGAGACAGAAGAGAGCCUUAGAGACUUUUGAUGUUU